GCCUGCGCACUCUGCUGCAAAAAAGAAAGAGUUAAAAAAAAAAAGCCGCGCGUGUGAGGUCGUCAUCCUUGAUAGAAGGAGCCUGCCGCUAUUUCCUGCCUGCCUCCUUUUUUUUUUUUUUUUUUUUUUCCUUGUCCGCCCGCCGCUAUUUCCAGCCCUCCCUUUCCUUUUCCCUUUUUUUUUUUCCCUCUUGUCCGCGAUGGCGCAGAACCUCAUGGGACGAGGAAGGCGGGUGCCGUCCCCUGCGGACGAUGAGGAGCCCCCGGCUGAGGAGUUCCGCGUGACGUCAACGGCAUUCACAAACGGCGGGAAGAUACCUCACAAAUUCACCAGCGACGGCCACGCGCCGCAGACGAACCUCUCUCCGCCGAUUGCUUGGCACAAUCUGCCCGAGGGCACGGAGAGCUUGGCCGUCAUCAUGGUCGACGUGGACGCUCCUGAUCCGCGAGAUCCGAUCUCCGAGUGGGUACAUUGGGUGGUCUACGACAUCCCGCCGGCGCUGAAGGAAUUACCUGGCGGCCUUAACAGCAAGCAAGCCUUCAACGAAGGGAUGUACCAAGAGAUCAAGGAGGGGCAUAACGACUUCAAAGUGCCAGGGUACAUUGGGCCCAAUCCGCCGCCGAAUGGGACGCACAGGUACGUAAUUAGGGUGUAUGCGUUGGACCAGAUGAUGGGCAAGCUAGGGAACAAGGUCUCCAAGGACAAGCUCGAGGCGGCUAUGGAAGGGCACAUCCUGGCGGAGACGGAGAUCGUCGGGACUUAUUCGAAGGAGAAAUUCGGCCCAGGGAGGGAUGCCUUCGUACCCCCCGGAAGACCCCAAGAGUCGGGACAGGGAACCCCUUUCCCCACAAAGGGAGCGUGACCGAGAAGAGUGGAGGAGGAGAAGGACGAGAGAAAGUCCGCGUGUCUUUUGUGCACUCACUCAGCUUGAGCAAGGUGUGCUUGUCUUUUGUGCACUCACUCAGCUUGAACAAGGUGUCCCCGACUCUCUUGGGGUUUUGUCCACGGUCAAACGCACAACCACGGUCAAACGCACCACGGUCAAACAUACAACCACGGUUAAACGCACAACCACGGUUAAACGCACAACCACGGUUAAACGCACAGUCCUAACUCACAACCACGGUGAAACACGCAACCACGGUUAAUUUCACAGUAAAACGCACAACCACGG